AUGGCUUCGUUCUCCGAGACCGACUUCCAGAUCUGCCUGCUGUGCAAGGAGAUGUGCGGCUCGCCGGCGCCGCUCUCCUCCAACUCGUCGGCGUCGUCGUCGUCGUCGUCCUCGCAGACGUCCACGUCGUCGGGGGGCGGCGGCGGGGGCCCCGGGGCUGCGGCGCGCCGCCUGCACGUCCUGCCCUGCCUGCACGCCUUCUGCCGCCCGUGCCUCGAGGCGCACCGGCUGCCGGCGGCGGGCGGCGGCGCGCCGGGAGAGCCGCUCAAGCUGCGCUGCCCUGUGUGCGACCAGAAGGUCGUGCUGGCCGAGGCGGCGGGCAUGGACGCGCUGCCCUCGUCCGCCUUCCUGCUCAGUAACCUGCUCGACGCCGUGGUGGCCACGGCCGACGAGCCGCCGCCCAAGAACGGGCGGGCCGGCGCCGCGGCCGGCGCGGGCGGCCACAGCAACCACCGGCACCACGCGCACCACGCGCACCCGCGCGCUUCUGCCUCGGCGCCGCCGCCGCUCCCGCCAGCGCCGCCGCCGCCCGCGCCGCCCCGCUCAGCGCCCGGCGGCCCUGCGGCCUCCCCGUCGGCGCUGCUGCUGCGCCGGCCUCACGGCUGCAGCUCCUGCGACGAGGGCAACGCGGCCUCGUCGCGCUGCCUCGACUGCCAGGAGCACCUGUGUGACAACUGCGUCCGCGCGCACCAGCGCGUGCGCCUCACCAAGGACCACUACAUCGAGCGCGGCCCGCCCGGCCCCACAGCCGCCGCCGCCGCCGCCGCGGCGCACCAGCUCGGGCUCGGGCCGACCUUCCCCGGCGCGCCCUUCUCCAUCCUUUCGGUCUUCCCCGAGCGCCUCGGCUUCUGCCAGCACCACGACGACGAGGUGCUGCACCUGUACUGUGACACGUGCUCAGUGCCCAUCUGCCGAGAGUGUACUGUGGGCCGGCACGGCGGCCACAGCUUCGUCUACCUCCAGGAGGCGCUGCAGGACUCACGGGCGCUCACCAUCCAACUGCUGGCUGACGCCCAGCAGGGCCGCCAGGCCAUCCAGCUGAGCAUCGAGCAGGCCCAGACGGUGGCAGAGCAGGUGGAGAUGAAGGCAAAAGUGGUACAGUCGGAGGUCAAAGCCGUGACUGCGAGACACAAGAAGGCCCUGGAGGAGCGGGAGUGUGAGCUGCUGUGGAAGGUAGAGAAAAUCCGCCAGGUGAAAGCCAAGUCCCUGUACCUGCAGGUGGAGAAGCUGCGGCAAAACCUCAACAAGCUGGAGAGCACCAUCAGCGCCGUGCAGCAGGUCCUGGAGGAGGGGCGGGCGCUGGACAUCCUGCUGGCCCGAGACCGCAUGCUGGCGCAGGUGCAGGAGCUCAAGACCGUGCGCAGCCUCCUGCAGCCCCAGGAGGACGACCGGGUCAUGUUCACACCCCCUGACCAGGCCCUCUACCUCGCCAUCAAGUCCUUCGGCUUUGUCAGCAGCGGGGCCUUCGCGCCGCUCACCAAGGCCACGGGCGACGGCCUCAAGCGGGCCCUCCAGGGCAAGGUGGCCUCCUUCACUGUCAUCGGCUACGACCACGACGGGGAGCCCCGCCUCUCAGGAGGCGACCUCAUGUCGGCCGUGGUCCUGGGCCCUGACGGCAACCUGUUUGGUGCGGAGGUGAGCGACCAGCAGAACGGGACAUACGUGGUGAGCUACCGGCCACAGCUGGAGGGCGAGCACCUGGUGUCGGUCACCCUGUGCAACCAGCACAUCGAGAACAGCCCCUUCAAGGUGGUGGUCAAGUCCGGCCGCAGCUACGUGGGCAUCGGGCUCCCGGGCCUGAGCUUCGGCAGUGAGGGCGACAGCGAUGGCAAGCUGUGCCGGCCCUGGGGCGUGAGCGUGGACAAGGAGGGCUACAUCGUGGUCGCCGACCGCAGCAACAAUCGCAUCCAGGUGUUCAAGCCCUGCGGCGCCUUCCACCACAAGUUCGGCACUCUGGGCUCCCGGCCCGGGCAGUUCGACCGGCCCGCCGGCGUAGCCUGUGACACCUCCCGCAGGAUCGUGGUGGCCGACAAGGACAAUCAUCGCAUCCAGAUCUUCACUUUUGAGGGCCAGUUCCUCCUCAAGUUCGGUGAGAAGGGCACCAAAAACGGGCAAUUUAACUACCCUUGGGAUGUGGCGGUGAAUUCCGAGGGCAAGAUCCUGGUCUCCGACACGCGGAACCACCGGAUCCAGCUGUUCGGGCCCGAUGGGGUCUUCCUGAAUAAGUAUGGCUUCGAGGGGGCUCUCUGGAAGCACUUUGACUCCCCGAGGGGGGUGGCUUUCAACCACGAGGGCCACUUGGUGGUCACCGACUUCAACAACCACCGGCUCCUGGUCAUUCACCCGGACUGCCAGUCGGCCCGCUUCCUGGGCUCAGAGGGCACCGCCAAUGGGCAAUUCCUGCGCCCACAGGGCGUGGCCGUGGACCAGGAGGGGCGCAUCAUCGUGGCCGAUUCCAGGAACCACCGGGUGCAGAUGUUCGAGUCCAACGGCAGCUUCCUGUGCAAGUUUGGCGCUCAGGGCAGUGGCUUUGGGCAGAUGGACCGGCCCUCCGGCAUCGCUGUCACGCCGGAUGGGAUGAUUGUCGUGGUGGACUUUGGCAACAAUCGAAUCCUCAUCUUCUAAUCACAUUCCUAGGCUUCUGUGUUUGGGGUGCGCGUGUGUACGUCUCUCUCUCUCUCCUCCCCCUUUUGAAAUUCAAAGAAGAAACCGUCUCAGGGAAAUUUCUUUUUAUUUUUUUUUUCUUUUGUUUAAAGACAACAAGAAAAG